AUGGCUGGUCAUUCACAUAGAACUUCUGUUAAGAACGGUCAUAAGACGUUUAAAUCAAAGCAUGCCUCUAAAGGGGCCUUGAAGAGAUUGUAUAAGGGUAAAGUUGAGAAAACUAUUGCAAAUGGUAAGAUGAUUAAGACUAUCACAAAGUUCCAAAGAAAAAACACUGCAAAACAAUUGAGAAGUAAGAAAAUAUCAUCUACUUUAGAGAUUAGAAAGUUAUUUGAAGGUAAAAAUGGUGCUGAGAAAAUUAUCACAGUUAUUCUAUUAACUGAAGAUAUUAGUGCAAAUGAUAUCAUCUCAAAACUAGUGAAAAGUGACGACAUUGAAAUCCCAGAAAAAGAUGACUCUCCAUUAGUCAACGAUGUAUUCAUUACCAAAUACAAGACGAAUUUGAAAUUUAUUGUUCCUGAUAUGUCGAACUUCUUGAACAUUUUAGAUUCUGCGAAAGUCGCUGAUUUCGUUGUCUUUGGUUUGAGUGGUACUUCUGAAGUCGAUCAAGAAUUUGGUGAACAAGUGAUUAGAGCAUUAGAGUUACAAGGUAUUUCAUCGUACAUCGGUGUCGUUACAAAUUUGUCAAAAGUUCACAAGAAGGAGAAGUUCCAAUUAGAUGUCAAACAAUCUUUAGAGAGUUAUUUCAAACAUUUUUUCCCAAAUGAGGACCAUAUAUUCAACCUAGAGAAAAGCUCCGAAGCAUUGAACGCAUUGAGAUUUUUAUGCCAAAGAUAUCCACGUCCAGUCAGCUGGAGGGACAAUAGAGGUUAUUUAGUUGCUCAAAAAGUCGACUUCGUUGAAAAUAAUAAUGAUCCAAAUUCUGAAAAUGGUAACUUGGUCAUCGAAGGUACUGUUCGUGGUGUCGGUUUUAACGCUGACAGAUUAGUGCAUAUUCCAGGGUUGGGUGAUUUCCAAGUUAAUGGAAUCGAAAGAAUUUUGAACUCCACACGAGGACCAAAACCUUCAACUACAACACUAGAUGAAGUCGAACUGUUGGACGCUGAGCUAAGUAACAAAUUUGAAGCAAACCAAGCUACAAGAGAAACUUUAGAAGAAUAUGCUUUAGAGGACUUGGACAUCGAAGAAUGGUCUGACUACGAUGACGAUUUCGAAUACGAAAAUUUAACUUCCGCAAGAUACGAUGACCAUGGGUUUUUACCUGGUAGAGAAACAGCUGCGAAAAAAGUGAAACUUCCAAAGGGUACUUCCGAGUACCAAGCUAAAUGGUAUCUGGAUGAUGUCAUCGACAUUGACGAAGAUGAUGAAAUAGAAGAUCACAUUGGAGAGGAAGAUCUUGUAGAAAAAUUACAAACCGAAUACGAUGAAGACAUGAAUAUGGACACCGAUGAUCUUGCCAGUAAUCAUGUUGCAUUCUCAACAACUGACGCACAAACCGAAGCUGGUGAUGACGAUUUUAUUGAUUUAUCCCCAGAAGAAGAAGAACGUCAAUGGCGAGAGUUCAAAGCACAAGAAUCUGAUGAUCGUGAUUUCCCUGACGAAAUCGAAUUGAAUCCAACCGAAUCAGGUAUUGAAAGAAUGAAGAGAUACAGAGGUUUAAAGAAUCUGCACAGUUGUGUAUGGAACUAUAAUGAAAAAGAUCCAUAUGCUCCAGCUGAAUGGAAGCGUAUUUUAAAAAUCGGAGACUAUAAAAAUAUCAGAAAUAGACUACUAAAAGAAGCUAAGAAGUCUGCACAAGUUAUUGCUGGCGAUCGUAUAAAGAUUUACAUCCAAUUCCCAAAAUGUUUAUUAGAAAAAAUUACUGACCCAACCCAAAUAUUAGUUUCUGUCUACAGCUUAUUACCUCACGAGCACAAGAAUGCUAUGGUUAAUUUCUCUGUUGAAAGAUGGGAAGCAUACGAUGAACCAGUUCCUUCUCACGAACCACUUAUUGUACAAUACGGUGUUAGAAGAUACACUAUUCAGCCGCUAUUUUCUUCAGCAUCAAAUAGUUCUAACAAUGUUCAUAAAUAUGAAAGAUUCUUGCAUCACGACACUAUCUCCAUUGCCACAUGUAUUGCGCCUGUUGAUUUCACACAAUCUCCUGCUAUUUUCUUCAAAUCGAAUCCAAAUGAUCCAAAGGGUCUAGAAUUAGUUGGCCAAGGUUCAUUCCUAAAUGCUGAUCAUACAAGAAUUCUAGCAAAGAGAGCUGUAUUAACUGGUCAUCCAUUCAGAUUCCACAAGAAUGUCGUCACUGUUCGUUACAUGUUCUUCAACGCAGAUGACGUUGAAUGGUUCAAGUCUAUUCCAUUAUUCACAAAAUCUGGCAGAUCAGGUUUCAUCAAAGAAAGUUUGGGUACACACGGUUACUUCAAAGCCUCAUUCGACGCCAAACUUUCGGCACAAGAUAUCGUAGGAAUGGCUUUAUUCAAACGUAUGUGGCCAAACACUUCCCUUCCAUGGUAUGGUGAAGAAUAA